AGCUAGCUCAAUCUGUACGCGGCUAGCAACACACCAAACGGAUUUAUUCAUUAUCGGAGUGGGAAUAAUUAAAUAUUAAUAUUAAUAUAUAUAAAUAUAAAAAAAACAAAUAAAAGCGGAAUCUACUUUCCUUAUAAACGGAGACCUCGAUGAGACAUUUAUUUGUGUAUUUAUUUUACUGCCGAAAGCAAGUAUAUCUAGAGAAUUUGCACCGAUGCUAGCCGGAACCCAUACAACAUUAACCGCCUGCGAAAGCUAAGCUAACAGGCUAACACGAAAUUUACAUCCUGACCCGGUCACCGGAGUGAAGUUUUGCUUUUUGUAUUUUAUCUCUGUGUAACGUUAGGUUCAUUUUUAUUUUUUAUUUUUUUGCCGUGUCGUGCUGUCACUAAUUCUAACUGAAAGGCGAGAACAAGGAAAGGGCGCCUCUGCAAACGAAGCUGUGGAGGGGGAAAAGCGGAUAACAUCCUCACCGGGCGGACGUCGCGCAUCCUGCCGGCCUGCGGAGAGGAGCGAUGGCCGAGGUCUCAGCCCUCACCCCUUCUCCUCCGGCGAUGGUGGAUCAGUCUGUAGCUCCUCCUCCUCCUCCCUCCGCUCCCUCCCUCCCUGCAGUGUCACCUAAACCCGUCGCUCUCCCAAAAUCCGCGUUGUAUGGAGACCGAGCUGUCAUGGCCGCCGCAGCGUUAACGCCCCUGAUUAAAGAGACCUCUGUCCCUUUACCGCACUCUGGGGAGGCGACUUCAUCUCUACCUGAGAAUCCUCCUCCUGUUACAGCUGCCUCGGAAAGCGCUCGUCCUCCUGACCGAGCGAACGAAGGUUUCCUCCCGACGCCCGCGCCUUUAACGCAGCAAAACCUCUCAAAGGAACCACCGGGAGGAGCGGCGAUUCCUGAAGCGCCGCCUUUUCCAGCACAAAAUCCCACGACACAUCUCUCUCUGACCUCAAACAUGUCCUCCUCACACACGCCUCCUCGGUCUCCUCCGCCUCUCGCCCCCUUCGACUCGGAUCCGUCGUCAGACCCGAAAUCCGAUCUUCCGUCUCUCGUGGUUCACGAUUCGUCGGUGCCGUUCGUAGUGCCGCCCCCUGCUCAAUCAGGCCCCGCCCUAGACACGCUGAGCUAUCUGGAAUCCGCGAGCAUGAUGUCGGGAACGCUGGACUCUCUGUCGGGCAUCGGCGAGGAUGGAAGCUCGCUCGGGUCGGACUCGGAGCUCAACGGCCCGGUUUCGAGACGCACGGAUAAAUACGGCUUCCUCGGAGGAACGCAGUACAGCGAGGGCAAUGUGGCGGAGCUCAGCGUGGAGGUGGCACGGCACCGAGAGAUGAAGUGGUUGGACAUGUUCAAAAACUGGGACAAGUGGAUCUCUCGACGCUUCCCCAAGGUGAAGCUGCGCUGUAGGAAGGGAAUUCCAUCGUCUCUGAGAUCUCGAGCCUGGCAGCUUCUCUCCAACAGCGAGGAGCUUCUGAUGGCGAACAUCGGCAAGUUCGAGGAACUGGAGAGAGAGCCCGGAGAUCCGAAGUGGCUGGAUAUCAUCGAGAAGGACUUACACCGUCAGUUUCCCUUCCACGAGAUGUUCGCUGCUCGAGGAGGCCACGGCCAGCAGGAUCUGUACCGUAUACUGAAGGCUUACACCGUGUAUCGGCCGGAUGAAGGCUACUGUCAAGCCCAGGCUCCUGUGGCUGCGGUCCUGCUGAUGCACAUGCCUGCAGAGCAAGCGUUUUGGUGUCUGGUUCAGAUCUGUGAGAAAUACCUGCCCGGCUACUACAGCGCUGGACUGGAAGCAAUCCAGCUUGACGGAGAGAUUUUCUUCUCUCUGCUGAGGCGCGUGUGCCCCAUGGCCUACCGCCAUCUGAAGAAGUUUAAGAUCGACCCCAUCCUGUACAUGACCGAGUGGUUCAUGUGCAUCUUUUCCCGCACGCUACCGUGGUCCUGCGUCCUCCGCGUCUGGGACAUGUUCUUCUGCGAAGGGGUGAAGAUCGUGUUCCGUGUGGGUCUGGUCUUACUGAAGCAGAUGCUGGGUUCUGUGGAUAAACUGCGGGAGGUACAGGGAAUGUACGAGACCAUGGAGCGCCUGAGGAACAUCUCACCGGACAGCAUCAGAGAGGAAAUGCUGGUUCAAGAGGUCACGGUCGUCCCUGUAACCGAGGCUUUGAUCGAGAGGGAGUGCGCCGUCCAGGUGAAGAAGUGGCGCGAGUCUCGCGGUGCCCUGACACACCAGCCGGGCCGCAGGCUUCACGGCACGCGGGACAUCCACGAGCAAAAGCGCCGCGCCGCCGCCAUCAGUUCCGGGGGAAGCCUGUCCUUCCUGGGCAGCUCCAUGUCCUCUCCUCCGCCCGGCCCCCUGCGCUCCUCUUCCAGCCUCCUCUCUCUUCCCGGUUUCCGGAAAUCCAAAAAUCCGUUCUCUUACGGUAAAAAAAGCUCCUUUUCUGCGGAAACGCAGGUGUUUGGAGGCGGGACUCCUAUAAUGAUAACCUCGUCUGGGCCACCACGCCCACCUGUUUCUGCCGCGGCCCCGCCCGCAGGAGGUGCAGGAGCGCAGAGGCCUAGUCCUUUAGUGGCGAAACCCCCAACGGCACCAAAAUCUCCAGUGUCAAAUUCUGGGCCAGAAUUAACACCGGACGCCACAUCGGCGCCGAAAUCUGAACCGGAACCGACGUCGGCGCCGAAAUCUGGACCAGAACCCCCAUCGGCGCCGAAAUCUGAACCGGAACCGACGCCAUCGCCGAAGUCUGAACCGACCCCGGCGCCAAAAUCUGAACCGGAACCUGCACCGGAAUCUGCAACAAAACCCACAUCAGAACCAGCAUCAGUGUCGAAAUCCAGUGAGGAACCCGCUCGUCCGUCGAUCCCGAACCAACUCCAGCCCCCCAGAGUAGUCUCGGAACAAGUCACGCCCACGAUCCCGUCUCCCACGGCCAACAACGUGCCUCUGCCUCUCUGCGAGGACGAGGGCAAGAAGAAGAAGAAGAAGAGCAAGGAGGAGAAGAAGAAGGAGAAGGAGGAGGAGAAGCUGAAGGCGCGAGAGAAGAAGGAACGCGAUAAGGCGGAGAAGGAGAAGGCGAGGAAGGAGAAGGAGAGGGCCGAGAAGGAGAAGGAGAAGGCCGAGAAGGAGAAGGCCGAGAAGAAGAAGGAGAAAGGCGGCAAAAAGAAGGACAAGGCCGCAAGCGCCGAGGCGGAGGAGAAGAACGGAGCCGCGGCAGCCAAACACGCGGCCUAGCUUUCUGAACUAAAAAGGCGAAUAGAGCACAAAGGAAGGGAGGAUUUACAUCUUAAAGAGAAUUGGAUCACGUUUUAUGGCUCUGAAUCCUCUCAUUUACAUUCACAUCCAUUAGAAGAGAUAUUAAAACGCGCGCACCUGCACACAGUCAGUCUGUACAUAGAUCAAUAGGUCGUUAUUUAGUAAGACGUCCAACCAUAAAACAUUCAUCCGAUCCCUCUAAAUCGGACAGCGACCCCUAAUAGACGUUGUCCUCGCCGUAGACUUAACAACGAGCCCGUAUUUAUGAACAUGUCUGUUAGCGUGUGCUUGUGUGUGUUUACAUGUCCGUGUAGUGUAGUGUCGCUGUCCGGUGUUCCUGACUUGACCCGUAGGAGGCGCUCUUUUUCAUCCUUCAGGAAGAAAUGGAAAGAGAGGGGAAAAAAAAAAAAAAAGAACCCAGUGUCUGGUUUGGCCACUAGAGGGACUCGAAGAGCAGACUGAACUGAAACUGGACUGAGGUUUGUUAGAAAUGGUACUGCGGUCAGAAUAGCGUCAUCCUAGCCAACUGAAACUCUUCGGCCGUCUUCUUAAUCUUCAUAUCUUAAGUCAUUAUGCCUGCUCGCUCUGUUUCUAUUUCAGCUCUCUGAUUGUCUGUGUGUGUGUGUGUGUGUGUGUGUGUGUGUGUGUGUGUGUCCCUCUGCUUUUGAAGACGGGACUAAGGCUGGGCGAUACAACCAAAAGGUUUCAUAAUCAUGAUACGUGAACUGCCCUCAAAAAUCUGCAGAAAAUCUCUCUUGAAUGUCUACAAGAAGCAGGAUCUCUUCACAGCUCCGGUUAUAGACUCCCCGGUUCGAACCCGAGCUCGGGUGAAGAGGUUUUUUUUUUGUUUUUUUUUUUAAAUACACGUUUUACAACGUUCUUUCCAUGUACGUUCCUUCCAGGUUUUUCUCCGACCUCCUAAAGAACCCCAUACUGAUACACAAACUUGACCUUAGGUGUGAGGUUUUAAAGACCAACUGCAAACUGUUACCAGGAAACAAUUAGCUUCCAGUUCGAUUGAAUUGUUAUUUUUUUCAAAGGGGGGG